AUGGAGAAUGAGUUCAAGUAUGAGGAUUAUAAGAAGACGGCUGAGUGGCUUUUAUCCCACACAGAACUCCGGCCCCAGAUAGCCGUGAUCUGCGGUUCUGGACUGGGGGGUCUGGCCAACAGAGUGACCCAAAGGCAGGCCUUUGACUACACGGAGAUACCCAACUUCCCUCAGAGCACGGUCCCAGGUCAUGCAGGGAGACUGGUAUUCGGGUACUUAAAUGACAAAUGCUGUGUGAUGAUGCAGGGCCGAUUCCACAUGUAUGAAGGCUAUCCACUCUGGAAGGUGGCAUUCCCCGUGAGGGUUUUCCAGCUCAUGCAUGUGCAUACAUUAAUUGUCACCAAUGCUGCUGGGGGACUGAACCCUGAAUAUGAAGUUGGGGAUAUCAUGCUCAUCCGAGAUCACAUCAACUUGCCAGGCCUGUGUGGCCAAAAUCCCCUCAGAGGAGCCAAUGAGGACAGGUUUGGAGUGAGGUUUCCCCCCAUGUCUGAUGCUUAUGACCGAAUCCUGAGACAGAAGGCCCAUGGCGUAUGGAAACAAAUGGACCAAGAACGACCACUGCAUGAAGGAACUUAUGUGAUGGUGGGAGGCCCCAACUAUGAGACCAUCGCAGAGUGCCGGUUUCUGCAGAGAAUGGGGGCCGAUGCCGUGGGCAUGAGCACGGUGCCAGAAGUGAUAGUGGCCAGACAUUGCGGCCUUCGGGUCUUUGGAUUCUCUCUCAUCACCAACAAGUCAAUACUGGACUACGAAACCCACGAGACUGCCAACCAUGAAGAGGUACUGAUGGCUGGGCACCAGGCUGCCAAGAAGUUGGAACAAUUUGUCUGUAUUCUUGUGGAAAGCAUGCCGCCACCACUGGAAAAGACUUUUUGA